CAAGUCUUAAAAUUACGAACAACUGUUAUUAGCUGUUUAGUUACCACCAUUCCGGACAAAUUGAGUGACAGUGUUUAAGGUUUCAUCUCAAGUAACAUUAGUCACAUCGUGUUUUUCAAUCACUUUUGUUCACCGGUUUUACCGCAUAUAAAAAGGAAAAACAACACCAUACCUUAAUGCAUAGUACCUAUAUUUAUCUCAAACCGUUAUAAUACAAGCGCACGCCAAGUCAACUGGUUGAGUCCUGGACAAGCUCUCGUGUGUAAAAUAUUUAUUAAUUAUUGAUUAUAAUUAAUUUAAAUAAUAUUUUUAAAUCCGUAAUAAAAUAGAAGUGCAUGUCCACGGGAAUAAAUCAAGAGUUUGAUCUACGUCGUGAAAAGUACAUUAAACUUUCAAGAUGUCUCAAACAUGUGAAUUCACUGUGGAACCACUUUUAAUGGAAGAUCGCGAAGAGGUCUUGAAACUACUGAAAAGGACAUUUUUCGUGGAUGAACCAUUAAACAAGAAGAUCCAGCUGUGCCCUACCGGUGAGUGCGCGGAACUGGAGGAGUUCUGUUUGUCGCCGCUGCACGAAGGACUGUCCUUUAAAGCUGUUGACAGCAAGGGAAAAAUCGUCGGCGUCCUUAUAAACGAGACUUGUCCACUUAACGAUAAAAUUGGCAUCACAUUAUUCGAGCGUGCGGAAGCAAGCAAAGAUCCUAAGUUCAAGAAGAUACUCCAUAUUCUGGCGAAAAGAGAGGAGGGAUCACGACUCUGGGAAAAGUUUCCUAAUGAUGAUAAAUUAGUGGAAGUUAAAGUAGCAGCCACAGAUCCAGACUGGAGGAACAAAGGAAUCUUAGUCGCCUUGGUGGAGGAAACAGAGAAGUUACUUCGACAGCGCGGCGUGAGACUUGCGCGCUUGGACUCAUCUAGCGAGUUCUCAGCAAGAGCAGCUGAGAGACACAACUUUACUUGCUACUACAAGGCGCGGUACACCGACAUCAAGAUGGCCGGCGAGCCCCUCAUUGUGCCUGACCCACCGCAUGUCUACGAUCGUGUCUUUGUUAAAGAGUUAUUCUAGACUAGCUGUCACCCGCGUCUCUGACCGCCAGUUAUUAAAAUAAAACUUAUAUAAAAGCAUAUGUAUUCUUCCA